AUGUAUAUCUCUUCAUCCCAGUGCCUCGUCCUGGUAUUAUCUGCUCUACCUUCAACCUUGGGCAAAUCAUUCUCUCACCAUGCCGAAGUCCCUCAAGGCUGGCAAGUCCAUGAGACUGCUCGAGUCGCCUCGUCUGGAAAGCAGCAGGUCUUCAGCAUCGCACUGACCAUGCAAGGUGUCGAUCAGCUCGAGUCCAAGCUUCUUGACCUCUCCAGCCCCGACAGCAAGAACUACGGUCAAUGGCUUUCUCAAGAUGAAGUCACCAGCGCCUUUUCUCCUUCCAAGGAAGCUAUUUCUUCAGUGACCAAGUGGCUCAAGUCAAAUGGAGUCAAGCACUACAAGAUCAAUGGCGGAUUCAUCGACUUUGCUCUUGAUGUCAAGGGAGCUAAUAAGCUGCUUGGUGGUGACUAUCAGUUUUACACCAAGGAGGGGCAGACAAAGCUGCGAACUCUGUCUUACUCCAUCCCUGAUGAAGUGGCAGAACACGUUCAGUUCGUCGAUCCCAGCACCAACUUUGGUGGCACGGUUGCUUUCAACCCUGUUCCUCACCCAGCUCGAACCAUCACCGACCGCAAGGAAAAGCCUACCAAGACCAAUGUCGAUGCUUCAUGCCAAACAAGCAUUACCCCAUCUUGCCUGAAGCAGAUGUACAACAUCGGCGACUAUGCUCCUAAGGCUGACUCUGGAAGCACCAUUGGUUUCAGCAGCUUCCUUGGAGAGUCCGCUCUUUACUCGGAUGUCUUUGCAUUCGAAGAGAAGUUUGGCAUUCCUCAGCAGAACUUCACAACUGUGCUCAUCAACAACGGCACCGAUGACCAGAACCCUGCUCACAAGGCCUAUGGUGAGGCCGAUCUCGAUGCUGAGAACAUUGUUGGGAUUGCGCAUCCCCUUCCUUUCACUCAGUAUAUAACCGGUGGCGCACCUCCUUUCGUCCCCAACAUCGACCAGCCUACUGCUGCUGACAACCAGAACGAGCCCUAUGUGCCUUUCUUCCGCUACCUUCUGUCUCAGAAGGACCUCCCAGCUGUCAUCUCCACCUCUUAUGGUGAUGAGGAAGACAGCGUUCCUCGCGAAUAUGCUACUCUUACCUGCAACCUGAUCGGUCUUCUCGGCCUCCGAGGUAUCAGUGUCAUCUUCUCAUCUGGUGACGUUGGUGUUGGCUCAGGAUGUCUCGCUCCCGAUUACAAGACCGUCGAGUUCAACGCCAUCUUCCCCGCCACUUGCCCAUACCUCACCUCUGUCGGCGGUACCGUCGAUGUCACCCCCGAGAUCGCCUGGGAAGGCUCCUCUGGAGGUUUCAGCAAGUACUUCUCCCGUCCUAGCUACCAGGACAAGGCUGUCAAGACAUACAUGAAGACUGUCUCCAAGCAGACUAAAAAGUACUACGGUCCCUACACCAACUGGGAAGGUCGAGGUUUCCCUGAUGUCGCUGGCCACAGUGUUUCACCUGACUAUGAGGUUAUCUACGCUGGUAAGCAGAGCGGCAGUGGAGGCACCAGUGCUGCUGCUCCUGUUUGGGCUGCUAUCGUUGGUCUUCUGAACGAUGCUCGUUUCAGAGCUGGUAAGCCAAGCUUGGGAUGGUUGAACCCUCUUAUCUACAAGCAUGGAUCCAAGGUUCUGACUGAUAUCACUGGCGGUUAUGCUAUUGGAUGCGACGGUAACAACACUCAGACUGGCAAGCCUGAGCCCAAGGGAUCCGGGGUUGUUCCUGGUGCUAGAUGGAAUGCUACUGCUGGUUGGGAUCCCGUCACUGGUUACGGUACACCCAACUUUGGGAAGCUCAAGGACUUGGUUCUCAAGUUUUAG